AAUUUCAAGCAGUCAGCACAAGAGAGACAUAUUUUAAAAUGACGCCAAACAUUGACAAUUAUAAUGCGGAUGAGCUUGAAGCUCCCGCUUGGUUGAAUGAUCAAUUCUUCAGAGAUGUUUUAGUUAAGCACGUUAACGAUGCUAAUGUGAAAGUGAUUGACUUCAAAACAUCUCCAGCCACUGCUAAAGGAGAUCAUUAUGCGAGUGUCAUGUUCCGGGGGCUUGUCGAAUAUUCAACAGAUGAGGGAACAUUUUCCAAGUCGUUGAUUAUUAAGACAAUGCCCGAAGAGGAAGGCCAUAAAAAGGAGUUUUUGGGUGAUUCGCACAUUUUCCCUACGGAGAUCACCAUGUACACGAAAGUAUUGCCCAAGUUCGAGGAGAUACUAGCUGAAGCAGGUGAUAAGACAACGUUUUGUGCCAAGUGCAUCUAUCACACUGAAGAGCCGCGUCAAGUGAUGGUCUUUGAAGAUUUGGUUCCACAAAAAUAUGAUGUGAUUCGUAAAAGACCCGCUACCAUAGAUGAGAUUAAAUCUGCAGUGGGAAAACUGGCAAAAUGGCAGGCAGUUAGUUACAAGCUGCUACAAGAAAAAUCAGACUUGUUUGAUACAUUACAAUAUGAUUUGACAACAAUGCCAAAUAUUUUGGAGCAAGAAGUUAUUACAAAAGGAUUCCCAACGUUCUUGGAAACCCUGCAGAGCGUUGACAGCUUAAGACAGUAUGUCAAGUACUUCGAACCGUUGAAAGACAAAUUAAUUCAACGCUGGGUAGAAGCUCUUCGUGAAUAUCGUGUGAACCGAAAAGACGAUUCAUACUACGUUUUGUGCCAUGGAGAUUUCCAUAUAAAGAAUAUGAUGUUCAAGGGAACCGACUGCAUGCUGCUCGACUUUCAGAUGUCCUACGUGGGAGCUUUGACAAACGAUGUGCUCUAUUCGGUUUACAUGCUCCUUGGUCCCGAGGAGCGUCGAGAGAAACGUGAUGAAUUUAUCUACUAUUUUUUUACGACUUUCACAAACACCCUUGCAAAAAUUGGAUACCAGGGAAAGAAGCCCAGCUUGGUUGAAUUCCGUAGACAGUUACAUGAAAAAAAAUAUAUUGAUAUCUUUUUGAUGAGUUCAUUUUUGCCAACCUUUAAUCAUAUGCGCAAAGGAAACGAUCCAGCAGAUUUUUUGGAAGAUGCUGAGAAACGCCGUGCAUUAUUUGCCGAAAAGGACUUCCAAGAGGAAUUGGAAUAUCUGAUCCCUCGUAUGGUGCAUCUGGGAUAUUUCGAGUAGUUAAGACAGGAUUUUUAAAAAUAAAAGUACGAGUAAUAAGAGUAUAAGAUUGAUAUUCAAGAUUUUUUGAGAAAAACCCGCUUUUUAAUAAUGACGAGUUAAUUGCUAUUUGAUUUGUUUUUAAUCAGCUAUAUAAUUAGCAUUCAUAACAAUGUUUGUACACCGAUUCUGUUUGGCUCGUGCCCAACUAGCUAUACACGAUGAUUUUGCAUUAAAUUUUUGCUGAACAAGCUGCUGUUAUCAAGUCCCAUUCAAGUUUUUACUGAGCUAUGGAACUAAAUAAAAUUAUACACAAAUUUGUAAAGCUUUUCUAAGCUUUUAUAAUCGCACUGCUUGGGACCAGACGCUGCCAAGAUACGCUUAAUCAAUUUGUCUCUUGGUUAAUAUAAACAAACAAAUUAAAUAUGUGUGUUAACAAGUGUAUGUUUACGCUUGUUGAGGUAGC